UGUGGCUGACAGGUCAGAGUCCAACUUUCUUAUAAGUUUAUUAGAAGUUUUAAUAGAUAUUUAUUGUAGUUAUUAAUAAGUAUUAAUUGUUGUAGAAGUCUCCGUCGUGUCCAGUGUUAAUCGGCUUUGUGUUUCCGGCAGCAAUGGCUUCUCAAAUAUCGAAAUCUCUAUUAAAAGUAUCCCACGUUAGCUCGACGGCUAAAUUCGACACAGCCAGGCGAGCUCUGAGUGUUGGAGCUGCCCUCCAGCAGACGAAGAAGUCAUUGCCUGACCGCACUGGAAAGAAUGUGGUCCUUGUUGAUGGUGUGCGAACACCAUUCUUGCUUUCUUUCACCGAUUAUGCCAAGAUGAUGCCUCAUGAACUUGCCAGACAUUCCUUGUUAGGUCUUCUCCAAAAGACUGGCAUUUCGAAGGACCUGAUCGACUACAUCGUGUACGGCACGGUCAUCCAGGAGGUGAAGACUUCGAACAUCGGUCGCGAGGCCGCCCUGGCCGCCGGCUUCAGUGACAAGACCCCCGCGCACACCGUCACCAUGGCCUGCAUCUCGUCCAACCAGGCUAUUACCACUGGUGUGGGUAUGAUCGCGGCUGGUGCGUACGACAUCAUCGUGGCGGGCGGCGUGGAGUUCAUGUCGGACGUGCCCAUCCGGCACUCGCGCAAGAUGCGCUCGCUGCUGCUGCGCCUCAACCGCGCCAAGACUCCCGCGCAGAGGCUCUCGCUCAUCGCCUUCAGACCCGACUUCUUCGCUCCUGAGUUGCCAGCUGUAGCGGAGUUCUCGUCUGGCGAGACGAUGGGUCACAGCGCGGACCGGCUGGCGGCCGCGUUCGGCGCCUCGCGCCAGGAGCAGGACGACUACGCGCUGCGCUCGCACAAGCUGGCCGCCGAGGCUCAGCAGAAGGGCUACUUCACCGACCUUAUACCUGUUAAAGUGGACGGCAAGGACGGCGUGGUGGACAAGGACAACGGUAUCCGCGUGUCGACCCCCGAGCAGCUCGCCAAGCUGAAGCCCGCCUUCAUCAAGCCGCACGGCACCGUCACCGCCGCCAACGCUUCGUUCUUGACUGACGGUGCGUCGGCCUGCCUGGUGAUGUCGGAGGCCAAGGCCAAGGAGCUCGGCCUCAAGCCCAAGGCCUACCUGCGUGACUUCACUUACGUCGCACAGGACCCCGUGGACCAGCUGCUGCUGGGACCCGCGUACGAUCCCAAGAUCCUGGACAAAGCCGGGCUCAAGAUGAGUGACGUCGACACCUGGGAGAUCCACGAGGCCUUCGCUGGUCAAAUCUUGGCUAACUUGAAGGCUAUGGACUCUGAUUGGUUCGCCCAGACUUAUCUUGGCCGCCAGACUAAGGUGGGUGCUCCGGACCUGGACAAGUGGAACAAGUGGGGUGGCUCGCUCUCUAUUGGACAUCCCUUCGCUGCUACUGGGGUCCGUCUAGCCAUGCACACUGCCCACCGUCUCGUCCGUGAAGACGGCCAGUUCGGCGUGAUCUCGGCCUGCGCCGCCGGCGGACAGGGAGUCGCCAUGAUCCUCGAGAGGCACCCCGACGCUACCACCAACUAAACCGCUGCUACGGACGUAGCCCAAUAACACAAAAACUACCAAAAUGAAAGAACUUUCAAAAGUGGCAACACCAAAGAUAUUGUCAAAAUGGAAGCCGUUAUUUUUUGUAAAUCACGAUCACCGAAACCGUUUGUUGAUUAUGGUAAUUUUUAAUAGAAAAUUUAUAAAUUGGCAAAUUAAUAAUCUGGGCUAUGUCCAUAACUCUUGAAAGAUUUGAUGUAACUGUGAGAUAAUAUGUAUAACCUUAAGAUAUAACUGAAUUGUUUAGAAUGUACCGAAAACUAAGCCAACUUCCCGUAACAGACUUUUUAAAGUAGAAAUAAACAAAACUUCUAAUAGAUCUUGUAAAUACGAGAUUGAGUUCAUCAUAAAUGUAUAAAAAAACUAUUUUUAUACAAAAUGUACACAAAAUCAAACAUAUAAAAUUAAGUUAGGCUCUAUUUUGAAUUGUAAUCUGUUAGUUCGACGUGUGUAAGGUUGAAACCUGAUAUUUAUUUCAUAUUCAUUAGUCGUAAGAGUAUGUAUCUGAUGAUUAUAAUUGUUAAUAAAAUUUAUUCGAGAAU